AUGUUAGAAGUCCUCAAGGGAUUCAAGUAUGAAUCUCUAUCUGAGGGGAAGUUUUCGCCGUCCAGAAUCUUCUCACAGAUAGUAAUACUACAAUUGGUUUAUUACGUGAUUGCUUUUAUAUUGUUCUACUUCACCGCUUCGUUGGCAGGAUUUCAAUUCUCUUUACAAUGGAUCUUUUCAUGGGAACUGGUCACGUCUGGAAACACGCUGGGCUGGACGCUAUUUUUUCUCUGGCUAUUCGAUUCACUCCUUUGUGUUGUUUUCAUGAUGUGGAUCGUGGGAAGAAGUAAACUGGCGUGGGACUUUGCCAUAACAAUACAUCUGAUCAACUUUUUGGUGUGUUGGCUCUAUUCCGGAAGAAUUCCCGCUUCUGUCUUAUGGUGGUUCUUGCAACUCUUAAGCUCAACAAUUUUAGUAAGUCUGGGCACUUGGUCUACCCGUUGGCAAGAGUUGAGGGACACCUUUUUUGAAGGUUUAAUCGAGCCUGGGGCUACGUCAGGAGAAAGGGACCCUGAACUGGGCAUUUCCACAGAAUUAACGGACCUGCCUCCGAAAUAA